ACAAAAGACCAAACAAGAAUUAUAUAACCUUAACAAAGUCAAGUCAACCUCCUUUGUCGUAUACUCGUAUAAUUAUAGAGGCUUUCCAAGCAGCUUCCAUUUCCGCGUUGAAGCCACAAUGAAUAAGCUACCUGUGUGUCCUGUAAUGCUACCUAAGCUGCUUCUACUAUUUCCCCCUCUUCACCCAAACACAUACCCUUCAAGUUGUUAUCUUUUUCUUUACUCAUAAUACCCAUCUAUGGCUUCCACCUCUUCUUCUUCGUCAAGAUCAUGCAAGUAUGAUGUGUUUCUCAGCUUCAGGGGUGAAGAUACUCGUUCUGGAUUCACUAGCCAUCUCUAUGCCGCCCUCACAAGGAAGGGAAUCACUACCUUCAUUGAUGACAACAACCUUCGCAAAGGUGAUGUUAUUUCACAUGAACUUCUCACAGCAAUUGAACACUCUAUGUUUGCAAUCAUUGUUCUCUCACCCAACUACGCUUCCUCCCCUUGGUGCUUGGACGAGCUCCAAAAGAUUCUUGAAUGCAAGGAUAACUUGGAUCAACACAUCGAGGUGGUGUUCUACGGUGUGGAACCUUCUGAUGUGAGGCACCAGAAAGGAACCUUCGGAGAAGCUUUCAGGAAACAUGAACACAGAUUCGGACUAGAAAGUGACAAGGUUAGAACAUGGAGACAUGCGUUAACACAAGUUGCCGGUUUCUCUGGUUGGACCUCCAAAAAUCAGUAA